GUCAUCCAAUCCAAUCCCAACAUCUCUCAACUCUCCAAAUUCAAAAAUGAGACUCUCUCUCCUUGCUUUCCUUGCAACCCUACUCUCAACUUCCCAUGCGGCCUUCAACGCCGACAACCCCAUCCGGCAGCUACGCCGCUCCUCCGGCCGCAUCGGGCUCGGCCCCGACUACAAAGUCAACUGCCAGAGUUUCCGAGUUGGGGUAGAGGCCAACAACCUCCGAGACUGGAUCACUGUCCCUAGCUAUUGCAAGAACUACAUCAAAACCUACCUCACGAAGAACCAGUGGGGCCUCGACAUUGAGGCCGUCACUAACGAGGCCUAUGAGUACGCCGUGCACUUCCAAAAGGACGCCUUCCUCAAGGACAUUUGGGUGUUUGAUGUCGAAGAAACCCUCCUUAGCAACCUCAACUACCUUGCUAGCUCCGAUGUCCAAUAUGGGACACAACCUCUAGGCCUCCAUUACUACGAGUGGCUGAGGGCCAACGGCACGGUGGUGCCGGCAAUCCAAGAACUGUACGACGAGGUGUUGGAAAUGGGAUUCGAGAUAAUUCUUUUAUCCGCAGCACCGAGUAGUGAGAGAGAGACUCUGGUGAUUGCCUUGACGGAUGCUGGCUAUUCGGGAUGGACGAAGCUCAUCCUCAGGGACGAGGCCGAUAAUGGAAAAUCAACGGUGCAGUUCAAAUCCGAGAAGAGGCUAGAGCUAAAAGGUCUACGUUACAGAAUUGCAGCUAAUGUGGGAGAUCAAUGGAGUGACCUGACUGGUGAAUAUGUGGGACUUAGGACCUUCAAAGUGCCUAAUCCUGUCUACUAUGUGUUCUGAGUUGGGAUUUCUUGAACUUGGUUUGGUUGCUCAUGAAAUUUGUGUCCUAGGGUUUAUGUUAUGAUGCAAUGUUGUUGUAUGUAAUAAUGAUGAUGAUAUCCUCAUCAUGUGUGGAAGGUUUGGUUGCUCAUGAAAUUUGUGUCCUAGGGUUUAUGUUAUGAUGCACUGUUGUUGUAUGUAAUAAUGAUGAUGAUAUCCCCAUCAUGUGUGGAAUAAAAUGAUGGACACGUGGUGGCAUGUCGUUUUGUUGUCAUAAUGUCUAAAAUUGCGAUUCAUAUCAUCUAUUAAUAUUUAUAGAGCAUUAUAUUUGUA